GUUCAGUUGUGCCCACUACAGAUGAAACUAGAGAAGGAUUCUGUUUUGCUGCAAUCACGCGUCUUCCCUUCUGCAGAAGUAGCAAAAACUUCUCCAUUCUGGCUUUUGCGCAUCAUUUCUCUGCAUUUCCUAAUUCCAUUUUUUUUUUUUGCAACACGCGAACGCAUCGCAAUUAACCUAUUGCAAUUAGUCACACUGAAUUCAAUUGCUUACCUCCCUUGUACCGGUUACAAGUGGCCACAAGGUGCGUUUCCAUCAAACGCUCGUGAAAUGUAAAUCCUCCCUGCAGCACCUGGAUGCGGGCAGAAACACCUGCUGGCGGAGGACGCACCACCUCACACAGCACUUUUUAUGUUAAUGACCCGUGCAAGCGCUUCCCACCCCCACUUGCCUUUAGAGCGCAAGAUUAGGGUAUGAACUGAGUCAGUAUCGACAGGCAUCUCCGUCACUGGUGUUUUUUAAUUAUUAUUUUUUCUGGUGAGGGUCUCCUUAUUUCUCGCAUUGGAUAUGAUCUGGAGACUCGUGGUCCUCGGCGGGGUGUGCGUCUGUCUUCUGGCCGCCGAAGGCAAGAGCCGCGGGGGGAGGACGGUGACUUUCCGCCGGACUCAGCGGGAUGAGAGCCAGGGCCAAGUGCGCGCACGCCCCAGAAGAGAAACCAGCGGCUCGUCAGGCACAUCCAAGCUUUCUCACGGUCCUGCCUUCACGUCCUGCCGGCUCCCCCUCACCCCGACCGAACACAAAGUUCUGGAUGACAACACGCACGAGACAGGGUUUAAUGGUGAUGACGGCUCCUAUGUAAUCCUCACAUGGGUGGGCGAUGGUACAGGAGUGAUCCUGGUGCUGUCUACGAUCAGCACUCCUCUCGAUUCUUUUCUAGAAGGAGGCUCCUCUCGUCUUUACAGGAGUACGGAUUACGGAAAGUCGUUCCAUGACAUUUCCCAACGCAUCAACAACACUUUCAUACGGGAGGAGUUUGGAGUCAGUGUCGGACCGGGGAGCUCUGUGAUAUUGACAGCGGACACGGCGGUGGUGGACAACCCAGGAGGGAUCAUCUUCACCUCCACAGAUGCCGGCGCGACCUUCAAGUUCAUCCAGCUGCCCUUCCACUUGGCUCAGCCAAUCACGUACCACUUCCUCAACCAUGACUACCUCGUGGCUCUCAGCAUUGAUGGCGGUCUGUGGCUCUCUCUGGACUUUGGUGCCAAGUGGACAAAAGUUCACGAUGGAGUACAUUCUUUCUCAUGGGGGGCUGGCGUCAAUUUGUUUUUCAGCUGCAGUCGAGUAGACACAGUUGAGGCAGACGAGAGAGGAGACUUAGUGCUGAAGAGGACUAAGGAUCUGGGAAAGACCUUCACCACGAUCCAUGAGGACAUCUUCAGUUUUGGCUACAUAGGAGCCUUUCUCUUCUUCUCUGUCAUGGAAGACUCAAGAUCCCCUCGUGUCAUGUACUUCUCAUCCGACCAGGGAGAUACCUUCAGUCGAGCACUGCUGCCCUCUGCUUCCACUGAGCAGUUCUACUCCAUCCUGGAUGGAGAUGAGGACAUGCUCUUCAUGCAUGUGGACAACCCAGGAGACACCUACUUUGGGACUAUGUAUACAUCAGAUGACCGCGGGAUCUUGUUCUCCAAAUCUCUGGAGCGCCACCUGUUUGACGGGCAUAGGAAGAGCGACUUCACCAACAUCACCUCACUGAGGGGGGUGUACCUCACCAAUAAACUGGACAAGGACGGUCGCAUAAGAUCUGUCAUUUCCUUUAACAGAGGAGGGAUGUGGCGACAGCUAAAUAAACCAGAGAACGUGGACUGCACAGAGCAAACUAAGAACUGCAACCUUCAUAUUCAUGGAGAACACAGUCGGAACAACCGAAUAGUUCCCAUGCUUGCUCUGUCUGAGCCGACUGCUAUCGGCCUGGUCAUCGCCCAUGGAACUGUGGGCGAUUCUCUGUCCUCAUCGCAGCACCCAGAUGUGUUUGUGUCCUCAGACGGGGGUUAUAACUGGAGGGGGACACUGAGGGGCCCCCACCACUACAGCAUACUGGACUCUGGUGGUCUCAUUGUGGCUGUGGAGGCUCAGCGUGAAGGACAAGUCAAGACUAUCAAGUUUUCCACAGAUGAGGGCCAGUGCUGGAAGUCGUAUAACUUCACAGAGCAGCCGUUCUUCUUCGCUGGCCUGGCGUCUGAGCCGGGCACCAAGGCUAUGAACGUCAGCGUGUGGGGCUUCCGGCCCGAGGAAGACGGCCAGCCCAUGUGGGUGGCUGUCACCAUUGACUUUCAGAGUCUCAUUACCAGAGAGUGUAACGACCAGGACUAUGAAGAGUGGUUGGCUCAUUCUAUAGAGGGAGAAGACUCAGAGAGAAACGGUUGUAUCCUGGGCAUCAAGGAGACUUACAGGAGGCUAAAGAAACAAUCUGUGUGCAGGAAUGGGAAAAGCUUUGUGGUGAGCAAGAAGCAAAGCCCCUGCUUGUGCACCAGAGAAGAUUACUUAUGUGACUAUGGCUACUAUCGCCAUGUGAACACUUCAGAGUGUGUGCGACAGCCCAACGCUGCAAACAAAACUUUGGAGAUCUGUUUGAACGGGGAGGAGGAUGAGCUACUGACGGCAGGGUAUCGGAAGGUCCCGAGUGAUAAGUGUGAGGGGGGGUUCACUCCUCAGCAUGCAGUACAGACAGUCAUCAGACCCUGUGGUGUGAAACCCAGCCCUGGCCCACCUGCCAGGUCAUCGUCUCCAGAGACACACUUUGACACACCGAGAGAGAGGCUGGUGUUGAUCCUGGUGUGUGCAGGAGCAGGGGUCAUCGUCCUGGUAGCCAUCAUUUCCGCUCUCCUUGCUGUCAAGCGAGUGGUUUAUAGAAACAGGACACCCGCGUAUCGUUUCUCCAACCUCCGGAUACAGGAUGAUGAGAACGGCAUGACAGCAGAUCUUGAGAGCGCCACCAGCAGCAAUGGCACAGUCUGCCAACCAGACUCAGACGAUGAUCUUAUUGAAUGACACAUGACACAUUUUAAUGGAUAUAAUAGAUGUUCAUGAUUGAAACCAGCUGUGCUGAAAAAGACUGCUCUCUGCCUAUUGUUGGACUGAUCCCUCAUAUUUGGUUGGGAGCGACAUUUGUGCCAAGUUCUGAGGAUUUGAAUGACAAGCAUUAAUUUAUUGAGCUUACUUCAUUUCAUUGCUUUGCUUACUCUUUGAUUUGUACAGUAUUUUUUAUUAUUUUACUCUGUUUUGCACCACCUUUUUACUUCUGUUUAAUGUGAAAACAAACAAGACAAUCCUUAAAAUUUGCAUUUGUGAAAAAUAAAUUAUUGCAUAUCA